AUGUCAUACGCCAUGGAUGAUGACGAUGAUGAUCUCUACGAUCCCACCGAUGCAGUGCCAGUUUCGCAGCACUCCAGGGAUCCCCGAAGACCCCAAGCUGAAGCUUCAAUGAACGACGCGAGCGAUGCGGAGGAAGAGGAGGAGAUGGAGGAGGAGGAAGAUGAGGAUGAUUUCAAUAUCAUAACAGAGGCGCCUCCGGAUGCGCCUGCUCCAGAAGCUUCACAUCCCCGUCAUACCUCCCUAAGAGCCGACUCUUCUCAGCGCCCUACAUCCGCCGAUUCUUCCUCCGUUCAGAAACAGCAGACACCUUCGAUAACACCAAAGGUUGACACUUCAACCUCCCUGCCUGCUGGUACGCGGCCCACAUCACAGAGGCCGGGAUCGGCUUAUCCCGCGGUGCACGCGUCCUCGAUUGAUGUUCAUGCGAACCCUGUUCACCCUACUACCGGAAAGCCGAUCAUGUUGACGGAUAUGGAUUCCGACUUCCCUGACGAUGACAAACCUUGGAGGCGGCCUGGUAGUGAUUUGACAGACUAUUUUAACUACGGGUUCGACGAGUUCACAUGGGCAAGCUAUGUGUUGAAACAACAAGAGCUAAGGAAGGAAGUGGGAGACCAGAAGAGACAACUGGAUGAUAUGCAGAGUUUUUUGACCAUGGGACUGCCGCCAAUGCCCGGUGCUAACCCGGGAGCUGGACCGCCAGCUGGAAGCGCGCCUCCUGCGAUGCCAGGUAUGCCGGGAAUGCCAGACAUGAACCCCGACAUGAUGCAGGGUAUGCUGGCCUCAAUGAUGGCGCAGGGACUUGAUCCCGCCUCUAUGGACCCAAUGGCUUUUAUGCAGCAAGCGCAGGCAAUGAUGGGUGGACAAUCCGGCGCAGGCGGCGGACAAAAAGGCCAACAUGGGUUUGGCGGCCAGGGUGGUAAUCAGGGCCAGAUGGGCUAUGGAGGUGGCUAUGGUGGAGGCCGAGGCCGGGGAAGGAGAUGGUAG